AUGAUUUCUAGAUUAGGAUUAAGAAGCACCAAAUUAUCAACAAACUAUAGAAUACUUUCAAGUAUAAAAUCUAUAAGAUCUUAUGCUACUGAUUCAUCAAAACCAGCUACAAUUUAUGAUCAAACUACAGGUGAAACUAUUACUUUAGCAGAUCCACAACAUCCAGAAUAUGCAGAUUAUAAAAAUUUCCCUCCACAAUUCGCUCAAAAGAAAGAUCCAUAUUUGAAAUAUGAUGAUCAACAAAAUAGAAGAAAUAAAAAUGAUCCAGUAAAUAUGGAUGCUGAUAUGUAUGAUAUAUGGUCACCAGAUGUAUAUGAUUUUAGAUCAAAUACAACAGCAUUAAAACAAAUUGCUAUAUUUUUUGGUUCAAUAUUUGGAUUUGCUGGUAUUAUUUAUUACUUUCAAUUAAAUCCUGAAAAACCAGGUAAUAUUAAAUCAUAUCCUUAUGAUGGAUUAGCUAAAGAAUUGGGAUCAACUUCGAAAGAUAAUGAUUAUUUAUAUCAAGCUCAACCUGAUACAACUGCUGAAGAAGAAUGUGGUAUUUUACCAGCUGAUAAAACAAUUGAAGAAAAUAAAGCAAAAUAUAUAAAAGAAAAUGAAAAGUUUAUCAAUGCCUAA